AGAAGAAAAAGGUGACAGCUACAUCAGCAAGUAAAAACAGAACAUAUAUUUCAUGGCAACUUCCAUAAGAACUAAAAGACACAUUACCUUCACUAAUUUGUCUUCAAUUUCCUCAUGACAGUGAACUAAAAAUCCACUCAGAAGAACGUAUCUAGCACUCCUGUGUGUGCUUGGUGGACCAUGCUUGUGUUGCUGAAGGAAGAAAAAGGCGACGACUACACACGGCAACUUGUAACUAAAGUCAAUCCAUCAAACAAUGAGAUGAUAUAAUGCAUUGUACGGAGUCGUAAUCUUAGCUUCAAAGAAAAAUGAUGGUUGACUCCGAACAGGAAAAACGACUUAAAAGUCUAUGAACGAAUUUCCAGCCACAAUCUGAAUUUCAGAAGAACAUAAAAGUAGCAGUGGUAAGCUCACUAAGCUAUACUUCAAAAUUCUAUUCCUUCCUUUUUAAUGGAGGACAUAGGGUGUUGGAUGUUUAUGAAAAAACCAUUUUUAGCGGCGUUGAUGAAAUGCAGUAACCACGGUGUUGGAUGGGAUCAACUCUUAGUUGCUGCCGAACAAGGUCACACGAAGGAAAUGCUACGUAUCUUGAGGAGUGAUCCAGAACUCAUUUUCACAGCAGAUGUGGUUGGAGAAACUGUUGUUCAUGUGGUUGCAAGAGCUGGACAUGCGCUCACUAUUACUAAGUUGAUGCAGACAUUCAUGAGACAUCAUUGGAUGAAGGUGUUGCUUAAGAAAAAUGUAGACGGGGAUACGGCCAUUAAACACAAUCACAAGGAGGCAGCUUACAGGUUGGGGGACCGACAGGAGUUUGCCAAGGAUGAAUUGAACAAGGAUGGAAUAUCUCCGUGGGACCUUGAUAAAGAGGCCGGGUAUUGUUCAGGAGUAGCAGAUAUUGAAAUGAGACUAGCAAUGGCAGACAUUGAAUUAGAUGAGCUAUAUAAGGUGAAGUGGAUUGAAGGCACCCCAAUAGGUGUAAGGGGUGCUUUUUUGAAGGCCUCCGCAAAUGGAGUCAUCAAAACAAAGCAUAUAGAGUUGGAACUUGAUCGAUCUGGAGGAAAUUUACUCCAUAUUAUUGCUGCAAAACCAGGCAAGGUUGAUAUACUAAAGUUGCUAGUCAAGUUUAUGAAUAACUCUGAGUUAGCUAGUUUACCACUUGAAAGGAACAAAGCUGGUGAUACUGCUUUGCACCUUGCCCUUAAUAAGGGCAGAGAUGAAGCCUCUGCACUCUACUUGAUAGAGGUGGCACCCAAGUCCGCUUACUUGCUUAACCAAGAUGGAGUAUCGCCAUUGCACUUGGCAAUUGAACUACAUUACAAUGAUAUAGUGAGGCGCAUCUUCCAACUACUUCCAGGGACUAGGAUUGACUCGUCCAUCAAAAAGAGUCUGCUUAGAGCUAAGAAUGCGUCAGUUGUACACGCUGCUGUAAGAUCUAGAAAUCUCGGCAUAUUGGAAAGAGUAAUGGAGGAAUUACCCGGUUCUAUUGACUCGCUAAAUGAAGAAGGAUGGAAGCCACUAUCAUAUGCAGCAUAUGAAGGUUACCUAGAAGAAGUUCACUUCUUCCUGAACAAUUUUCCAGAUUCUGCUAGGAAAUGCGACAGAGAUGGCUCUUUCCCAAUACAGAAGGCAGUUGGUGCAGGACAUGUUCACAUUGUGGAAGAGUUUAUAUCAUCAUGUCCCUUAACUAUACACGAUGUUGAUAAAAGAGGUCGAAGCAUUCUUCAUAUUGCUGUUAAAUAUGCAAGACCUGAUGUUUUCUCUUAUUUAACAAAGAAGAAGGAAGUUCAAAAGAUAUUCUAUUUGAAAGAUCAGGAAGGUAAAACUUUUAUGGAUUUUGCUACACAGCUGGAGAAUCGAUUUAAGGCCUAAUUUUCAUAACAUUGAGCAGUGAUUGUAAUUGUUUAUGAACUUUUAGUUUUGUACAGUAUGAAAGAAGAAAGCUCUAAAGUUGUAAUGUUAUGGUUUAUUAUGUUGUAUUUUCAAUAUGGUAAGAGUUUAAUUGUUUGAUUUUGAAAUGUUUUAUGGGUUCCUAAAUACUCUACUCUAUUAGUUAGUUUAUUGAGAGAAUAUAUGUUUUCCCUGUG